AUGAGGGGCAUGUUGUACAAUGAGUAUCAAGCAGCAGUAAGAGUAGGACUGGGCAUUCGCUGCACGUCAGGCCAGAUGAUUGAGACGAAUGAGGUGGUUAGGAUACUUAUCUUUUAUAAUUUGUACUUACACUCCUUGUCCAAGUAUCAUGGCCCGUGGUACGCCGCCUCAUUCUCUCUUUGCUCCGCUGUCAUUUCCGUCGUUGGGCUGGAGCCACAUUGGAUGCUGUACCUGGCCAAGCGAUAUGGAUAUGAGAAGCCUAUCCGAAUAGCACCGUCUCUUCUGCUGUUCCCUCAGUCCAAGGCUAUCAAGAACAUUUACUGGGAUUCAAAGUGCAAUAACAAAGCACCUCUCUACGGCUCCAGCGCACUUGGCCCGCCACACCUGUUCUCGACUAUUGAUGGGGGUGUGCAUAAGUCUUUGAGAAAAGCCCUAGGUGGUCCGUCGUGGUCCGUUGGGGGGUUGAAAAACAAUUGGGAACCACGAAUCAACAACCACAUUCAACUUUUUGUGCAAAGAAUGACCGAGUUUGCAGACAAGAAUCAGCCCGUCAUUCUGUCUGACAAAGUAGCAGAAUUUGCAGCCGAUAUCAUGACGCUAGUCUGUUUCACCAACCCUUGGGGCUUCGUCGACAACAGUCGUGAUGAGCGCAACAUGCUCAAGAGCUGGCGAGAGGGAUUAGUCUUUUUCGGUUUCGCCGGUCGUUUCCGCUUUUUUCGGGAUGUGAUUUUGAAAGGCUCGUUGAGUAAAUACUUCCUACCAGGGACAAGCGACGACAACGGCAUGGGCUACUUGAUGAGGCAAGCAGACAGAGAGGUCUCUGGUCGGGAGCAGCGCAUGUCGCAAGAGGACUUUCCCAAGAAAGACCAGAUUUCUUGCAAUUGUUGGUGCCUGGAGGCACGGAUGGACGGACAGCCAUUGACGGCGAUGCAGAAGCGGGCGCACGUCACGUUGCUAAUACAAGCCGGCGCAGACACAACUGGCACGGCGCUUGACAGCACCCUUCGCUUUAUUCUAACGCAUGCGCCAGUGUUCGCACGCGUACGAGCCGAAUUGAAAGCUGCUUCCGAUGCAAGGCUUUUGAGUACGCCGAUCCAAUUCGAGGAGACGAGGGCGCAGUUGCCAUACUUCAUUGCAUGUAUCAAAGAAUCUCUGAGACUCCACCCCCCCGCGACGAACCUUUUCGGCCAAGUAGCGCCGUCGCCGGACGGCAAGGUCGUUGACGGCACCUGGAUUCCGGCCGGAGCAGAGAUCACGAGCAAUGCGUACGUCGUCCAGCGAGAUCCUCAUCUAUAUGCCCCGGAUCCAGAGGCAUACCGACCCGAGCGGUGGCUUGAGGAUGAGGGGAAUUUGAAGGAGCAUAUAAGCGAGAUGGAUGCUUCUGCUUUUGUGUUUGGCGUUGGUCCACGAGUUUGCCUGGGCAAGGAUGUUGCAGUCAUGGAGAUGUAUAAGUUGCUUCCAGAAGUUGUUCGGCAGUUUGACUUUCACAUAAAGGAGGAGGGAAAGUUCGUGGUUGUCGGGGGUAUUGCGUACAACGAACGGUUUGUUGUUCAGCUGAGAAGGCGGAAGGAGUAGCAUGCGUUGAAAGUCGUCGUUCCUCUAUACGUUGUCUUGUUGAGGUAGCGAGUUUUCGCGGCUAAGUAGGUGGGAACCGAUUCCUGCCUAGAUCAAUUCGUAUGUGCAAGUCGUAGAUGAUGCCAAAAAUUCGCAAUCGGGCACCCAGCCGAAUCUUCGAGUGAGAAUAUUAUCGGCGAAAGACCAAUAACGAUUCAGAUGAUCAGUGUCCCUGGCGAGUUGCAAGCUGUAACUUAGUCAACUC